AUGAUCGGACAAGAUUGCUCGAAAGAAGAUAUUGUCGUCUUUCAAGGCUCGACGGCUCCGCUUCCAAAUGGAGUUCCUGCAUAUACAGUUGAGAUUGUCAACUCAUGUGUCUCUGAUUGCAGUAUCGCAGAGAUUCACGUCAAUUGCGGCUGGUUCAGCUCGGUCAGACUGGUUAACCCUAGAGUUUUCCGGCGACUCAGCUAUGAUGAUUGUUUAGUCAAUGACGGUGAACCUCUUGGUCCCGGACAGACUCUCUCUUUUCAAUAUGCUAAUAUCUUCUCUUACCCUCUCUCUGUUUCUUCAGUCUCUUGCUUCUGA